AUCACCUCGACCUCAUCCGUACUCCCACCAGAGCGAACGAUGAGUAGAAGACUUCCAACACCCGGCCCGGACCAGGGUUCAUACGUCCAAUUUCAGCUCAGCGUCGCCCAGUCGGACUGGCAGCCGUCGCCCCCGCCGCCCCCGCCGCCCCAGGAUCCACGGCAAGCGGCAUCGAGGAAACUCAAUGAGCGCAUGCCUAAGAACAAGGACGAAUGGCAAAAGGCUCGACAGAAACAUCACUUCGAGACUCCUGAAGAUGUUUACAGAACAGUAUCUUCCCUUGUGCAGGACGUUGAUGAUGGGUUGCUGCCUCGGCAUCUAAGAAGAUUCGUUUGCUUAGCAGUUUGUUGCGUGGAUCACCAUUGCGGAGAUAAGGAGACAGCUUACAGCAACUAUCGGGCUCGCUUUGGCAGAGAAGUCAAAGAGCUGACUAUCGACAACUACAUGCAUUUGGCGCGUAGCGUAAUUGGUUUAAUGGAUGAGCUAUACCCGACACUUAGACAUCUUGCCUUUGAGGGUGUUCUACUCUUUGCUUCGCUGAGCCUCUCGGAUCUGGGAUACUAUAGACAGGAACCGGCCGAGUUCAAGUCGUGCUUUCCUCAGAUCAACAUCGUUCCCGAGGAGCACGCCUCUCUGGCACUGUAUCCCCCAUUUCUCGUUAUAUCCCGACGCCCUGAAUAUUGGGAUAAGUAUGAAAUGGUCUGCGAGGCCCUGAACAUCAGGUGUCUCCCAAAGGCUGAGUUACUCAUGUUCACCUCGGUGCUGGAAAGCAAGAAGCCAGUGCCCCACGCCCUCCCGUCUCCUCAUACACCAAGGAAGCGCGUCUAUGAUAUGGCCCGGGAUAUCUGGGUUGAUAAGGACGAUGCUAAUUCAACAACAUGCUUGGACACUGAAGUAAUGUUUCCCAUUUCUGACCGCAUUGAUGGCUACAAGGUGUUUCGCAUCCCGGAGACUAUCCAGCAAGAGGCAGCCUCAGCAGGCAAGAUACAGGACGACUGUGUGCGUCAGGACUUGCGCAAUGCAGUUGUUUUUAGAUUUGGCUGGUCCUCGUGCCACAGCAUCGUUGCGAAGCACAUCUACGAUGAAUUAGAGGUACAACUGGGUAUUCUUAGCCCAGGGAUUGUUCAUGGGAAUCAGUUCUACUUUCGACAUGACUCUGGUGCAACGAGAAUCCCUAACGGAUGGGUCUGCGUUAUCAUACCUACUAUCCUAACUAUUGAGCGAGUCACGAUAACACUGAGCUACGGAGAUGUUCAGGAGGAUAUUGUGUGGUGCAAUGGCUCUGGGUUGCUUCUUGGACCAGGCACAACGCUGUCAGUACCAAACGUGGUCUAUUAUAUCUCGAUAAGCUUCCCUUACUGA